UUAAAAAUUACUUUACUACUUAUUUAUCCACUUCGGUUGUGCGGACCGCGUUUGCACUUGACUUUAUAAAUUAGUUUACUACUUAUUCAUCGACUUCGGUAUGGCGGACAGCGGUACCACUUUAUUCUUUAUCUGAGCAGGUACAUUUUAUAUGUUUGCCGACUGCGGACCACGGGACCACUCGAAUUAUAAAGGGCGUGAGUGGCCGGGUAUUCUGAAGUUGCUCCCCACAACCUAGUGUAAAUGAAAAAGUUCCUAGAAUGUGCAUCAGAAGAUUCAAAAGAAGAGUAUCACAACUGACCAUAUGGAUCCGUUCCACGCUAUUGCUGGCCUUGUUUCUUCUUUUAUUACUCUUCUCGAUCCAAACACUGAGGAAUGAAACAAGCUAUCCGCGAUUUGAGCCUUGGUUUUGUAACAACUUGACAGAAGUCACUUCCAAUCAAACUUGCAUCAGUAAUGGAACCAAAACCAUUUUGUUCUACACUCCUUGGUUCAAUGCGAAGCCAUGGCCCAGAAUCGACUCGACGGAAGAGUAUCUUUCGGAAUGUCCUACAAAAAAAUGCCACCUAACCUAUGAUGUGUACGAUAUACGAAAAAGUGAUCUCAUUAUCUUUCAUGCCGGAGAUAUGCCAGCUUAUGUUAAAUCCAAAGAAAUUCAACAGAUUCACAGGUACCGGUGCCCACAGCAAAGAAUGGCGUUUUUAAACCAAGAGUCCAUUGUAAAUGACCCGGAUUUAGAGCUCCUUCUUUCCUUGCCGGAGGGAUUCUUUAACUGGACAAUAACUUUCAAAAGGGAGUCAGAUUUUCAUUUUCCUUAUGCACAUUAUAUUCCCUUGCCGUCUUCCGAGAGACCAGCAAAAAUUGCUGACUAUGCAGUUGGGAAAACAAAGUUAGUAUCAUGGGCUGUGUCACGAUGUGGAAGAACACGAGAUAAGUACGUAAAAACACUUCUUAAAUACAUCAAGGUUGAUGUUUAUGGCCACUGUUCGGGUAUCUUUGGCCAAGACAAUCGAUGUCCGCGAUCAAGCAAUUGCGACGAUCUUUUCAGCUCGUAUAAAUUUUACCUGGCAUUUGAAAACAGCGUGUGUACUGACUACAUCACCGAGAAAUUUUGGCGAACACUUGGUUGGAAUUCAGUGCCUAUAACAUUGACAAGAGAUUUCUACACACCAGAUAUAGUCCCUCCAGGCUCGUUUAUCAGUGUACAAGACUUUCCAUCUGUUAAGGCUUUGGCAGAAUACUUGUUAUACCUAGACAAAAAUGAUACUGCUUAUAAUGAAUACUUUAAGUGGAAAAAAGAAUUUGCCUAUAAAAGGAAAUUGAGGUUUCGGUAUGCAGCUUGUGAUAUAUGUGAUGCUCUUCACAAUGAAUGCCUCAAACCCAAAUUUUAUAAAGAUGUAUUCAAGACUUUUUGGAAUGAUGAUGUUGACUGCAAAAAAGGAGAGGAUGAACUUUUACAACUUAUAGAAAAAGAGGAAGGAUGAUAGUGUAUGUUGAAGAUCUGUUGAUUUUCAACUGUAACUUCCAGUACCUCCAGCUAAACCAACAUAAGUGGAUCACUGGUGUGAAUAAUUGGGAGAAUUUAUUUAUUCAAUUUAUUCACAGCUAUAUUUAACACUGGCUGCCGCCCAGUUCAGUUGGAAGUUGGUUUGAAUGGGGACCAGCUGACCUACAAACGAAACUUAUCCCUAUUGUAAUGAUGAUGUUGGAAAAGAGAACAAACGGAAAAAGUUGAAAAGGCCAAAGCCCUCAAAUAAUUGUUAUAACAUAACCAAAGUAAAGCGCGUGCUCUGAUUGGUCAAUUUAGCAUCCCCCAUUUGCCCA